UAAACUAAAUCAAGUUGUGAGGUUCAGUGCCUACUGCGCAUGCGUCAACUCGGUGUGUACGGAAGAGCAGCAGCAUGUUGAUGAAGGGCUGAAGGGAGCAAACUGACAUGAUCAAACACGUGUUUCUGACAGGACCUCCAGGUGUGGGUAAAACCACUCUGGUCCAGAAAGCCUGUGAGGCUUUAGUGUCAUCAGGAGUGGGAGUUGAAGGGUUUUACACCGAGGAGGUCAGGGAGGGAGGCCGGAGAGUCGGCUUUGAUGUAGUCACAGUGACAGGAGAGAGGGGCCACCUGUCCAGAAUCAGAGAUGUUGCCGGCUCAUCUCACGGCCGACGGGAAUACACAGUGGGGCAGUAUGUGGUCGACUUGCCUUCAUUUGAAAACCUGGCUCUCCCCCUCUUCAGAAACGUGGGGGCAGCAGAUGGGGGCAGCAGGAAGGUGUUCGUCAUCGACGAGAUCGGCAAAAUGGAGCUCUUCAGCCAGCCGUUCGUUAGGGCGGUGAGACAGACUUUAGAUAGCUCCUCCUUCACCGUCCUGGGCACCAUCCCCAUCCCCAAGGGUAAACCACUGGCUGUCGUGGAAGAGGUGCGGAGCAGGAGAGAUGUCAAUGUCUUCACUGUGUCGAAGGAAAACAGAAAUGCCCUUCUGCAAGACAUUCUAGCAACACUACAAAACUGCCUUAAACAUACAACCUAAUAUGGAGAUUCCGAGCCACUAAAAGGGAAAGAUGCUGCACUUUUUGUGCUGACAACCAGUUUUAUUUGUGUCAGUGCAUAUACAGUACACACAGCCAGGCUGUUGAGUGAAUCUACGCACGCUUCAUAACAAGUUUUUGACCUAACCUGAGGGGCACACCGUGUCACAUGCAUGUAUUUAUGUACACAAUUCAUUUUUUUCAUUCUCAUACAGCCUCAAAAUGGAUUGCAUGCUGAAUAAUUGAUUGUGAGAUGGAACACAGCGGGGGAAUUGUUCAGUUAGUGUGUAAAUAUCUCGUGCUCUCAGAGUCAAAGACCGCUAGUCCUUUUUAUUUGGCCUUAUAGAGAGUCCAGCAGGCAUUUCUCAUUUAUUAGUGUGUAAUAUUAAUUUGUAAACGAGGACAAGAGGUGCUGUUUGUUUGUAUAAAAAGGCAAACAAGGCAGUGGCGCUAUUUAUUAAUUUAGCUCUUUGCUAUGUGAACCCCCCCCUUGUGUUUGUCUAGUCAACCUGAGGAUGCGCUCAUUGAAAAUCAAUCAAUAUUUAACUGUGCAACUAUGUCCAAUCCUUUCAUGGUUUAUUCAUCCACUAGCAUGGAGAAAAAAAAUAAACAGUUAUUUUCUUUCAACAACGAGA